UUGGUGAUCCUACACUUCUUCCUUCUGUGUCCCUCUCCGGUAACUCUCGAAGUCCAACUUGAGUCCCAAUCCCAGUGUUACUGUUACAGCGCUAGUCUUCAUACAAGAGGAUAAAAGUCACAGUCGCGGCAGUGCAUUUAAUAGGGGAGGUGAGCAAGGAGCAGAGAGAGAGAGGCAAGGCAGACAUCCCGACGUAGUCUCUCACCUUCGUCCUUUCCGUCAUCCAUAGCUCGGUUAGCGAGGGGAGAUGAGAUGGCCCCUAUCAAGCUCUUCUUCUUCGUUCCCUGCCUCGUCUUCUUCCUCUUGUCGGCUGCUGUUGCUGUGCUUGGGGUGAAUGAGGGAGAGGACGAGGCCAUGGAGGGCAGCGGUGUGAGCUUGGCGGUGGACCCGAGCUUCCAGUUCGCGAACUCGAGGCUGAGAGACGCCUACAUUGCGCUGCAGACGUGGAAGCGCACCGCCAUCUUCUCCGACCCGCAGAACCUGACGGGCAACUGGGUUGGCCCCGACGUGUGCUCCUACUUCGGCGUCUAUUGCGCCGCCUCCCCGGACGAUCCCUACCUCACCGUCGUCGCCGGCGUCGACCUCAACCACGCCGACCUCGCCGGGUACCUCCCAAAGGAGCUCGGUCUCCUCUCCGACCUCGCCCUCCUCCACCUCAACUCCAACCGCUUCUGCGGCACCGUGGCCCCCACCUUCGGCCGCCUGCGCCUGCUAUUUGAGCUGGACCUCAGCAACAACCGCUUCGUCGGCAAGUUCCCCGAGGUGGUGCUCCACCUGCCGGCCCUCCGUUACCUCGACCUCCGCUUCAACGACUUCGAGGGGCCCAUCCCUCCGGGGCUCUUUGAGCGGCCCCUCGACGCCAUCUUCCUCAACUCCAACCGCCUCCGUGCCGGUAUCCCCGCCACCCUGGGCUCUUCCCCCGUCUCCGUCCUUGUCCUCGCCAAUAACGACCUCGGCGGGUGCAUCCCCUCUUCCAUCGGCGGCAUGGCCAACACGCUUAACGAGAUCAUCCUCCUCAAUGACAACCUCACCGGCUGCAUCCCGCUCGAGGUCGGGCUGCUCCGCCGCGUAACCGUCUUCGACGUCAGCUUCAACCGCCUCCAGGGCCCGCUGCCUGAGUCCGUUGCCGGCAUGCAGAGCGCCGAGCAGCUGGACGUCGCGCACAACCGCCUCACCGGGCGCAUCCCCCCGGGCGUCUGCGACCUCCCCAGCCUCCAGAACUUCACCUACUCUUACAACUUCUUCACCGGCCAGCCGCCGUCCUGCGGGCGCGCCGGGAGGGCGGUGGCGUUCGACGGCAAGGUGAACUGCAUCCCCGGCCUGCCGGACCAGCGCUCUCCCAAGCAGUGCUCCUCCGCGGCCUCGCAUCCCUUCGACUGCCGCAAGUCGAAGUGCUGGAGUGGCGGCGCCGUGCCGUCCCCUUACACCAAGCCGCCUUCCCCUAUGCGGCCGCCGAAGUAUGCUUCUAGGAGACGGCAGCUACCGCCGCCGCCGGCUCCGGUCGGGGGCAAGAGUCGAGGCUACUUUAAGCGAGCAUCGCCACCGCCGCCGCAGUACGAAUCAUCGCCUUCCACAAGAUCCCACCCCCCGCCACGACCGUCAUACUCGCCGAAGCAAUCGCCGCCGCCAUCACCAUCGGGCUACCAUGCUUCUUUACCACCACCUGCCCCUCCUACGCACGGCUACGAACCAGCAAAGCCUCCCCACAUCCCAUCGCCACCCACAACUGUCUCACCUCCAACGCAG